AUGCAAUUGAUUAAGCAUUACGCGGCGUCUAUUCCCCUUAUUGUGGAACCAGUUGCGGCGGCCGAUCUCUACAACACGGCGUCGAGAAUCCCACGAUCGGCGACAGAAACUGUCCUCCGUGAGCGAGGCAUAUCAGUGGAUCAACCUUUCCGUGCAUCAGAUCCGUCCAAGGCUGUCCUUUUGCAAGCUUUCCGAGAUGGGUAUCCGAUGAUUCUCAAGGUAUCUGCACCGAUAAGUAUCAACCACGAAAUAAGAGUUAUGGAAAAAAUCAAAGAUGACGCCGACAAAAACAAUCUUGUUGUCAUCGAAGAGGUACAAAUCGAAAGCGCUACGAUGGGAUCACCGAUGAAAAUGGUGGCCUUUCUGUUCCAUAUGCUGGAGUGCGGUCAGGACUCCUGA